AUGAUGGCGCCUCGUUCCAUCUCCGAGGUCGAGGCAGUGCAUCAAGAGGAUGCAAAGGCCACCACCGUCAACCGCUCGCAGAAUGAUAAUCUCACUAAGAACAACGCUGAAGAGAUUGAACGACCAUUCUCUCCUGCCAACGAUAUGGACAAGGGCGUCAGCAAAGCCAACUACGACAAGAUCGACAGAGAGGUUGCCAAGUAUGCGAGCCACACUCGCGUUGAGAUAUCUCCCGAGGAGAAUAACCGUCUGCGGCGCAUGAUUGAUAAGCGCGUACUGUCAAUCAUGAUUGCCACAUACUUCCUGCAGUCGCUUGAUAAGGGAACGCUCAGCUUCGCCUCAAUCAUGGGUCUACCCCAGGACACUGGCAUGGUGCAAGCCAAUGGGAACAUCUCCCAACAAUACUCGUGGCUAACGAGUUGUAUCUACUUGGUAGUUUUGGUGGUGGAGUACCCGCAGAACUACAUUAUUGCCCGUGUUCCAAUUGCCAAAUAUCUCGGAUUCUCCAUCAUCGCCUGGGGCUCAGUCCUCUGCUGUCACGCCGCGUGUACCAGCUUUUCCGGGCUUCUAGUAGUGAGGUGUCUGCUCGGUUUGUUUGAAUCCGUCUGCCAACCAGCUUUCGUCGUCCUCUCAUCGACGUGGUUCCGCCGCGAGGAGCAGGCCGCCCGAGUCACAUACUGGUACAUGAUGAACGGCGCACAGCAGAUGGUGGGGGGCGUACUGGCAUACUGCUUCUCUCUCAUCCACUCUGGCCCGCUCAAGUCGUGGCAGUGGCUCUUCCUUUCCUACGGUGUCAUCUCCGUCUUCUUUGGCGUAUUUGUUCUGCUUUGGAUGCCCGACUCGCCCAUGCGCGCCAAGUGUUUCAGCGAGGAGGACAAGCGCCUUAUGGUUGAGCGUGUGCGUGACAACCAGACCGGCGUCCAGAACCGGACAUUCAAGAAGGAGCAUGUGUAUGAGGCACUCAGAGAUCCACAGAUGUGGUGCUAUGGCUUGAUCCAGUUCUGCACCGUUCUGCCCACCAGCGGACUGAGCACCUUUGCCAACAUCAUUAUCAAGGAAAGUUUGGGUUUCGACGUACUACAGACCCAGCUUCUCUCAAUGGUACUUGGCGCGUACAUCAUCAUUCUUCUCUUGGUCUCUGUAUGGAUGGUCAACAAAUGGAACCAAAAUAUUCUAACCUGUCUCGGGUUCGUUGUAUUGUAUGUUCUGAUCUCGUUCCCCCUACUUAUCCUUCAAUUCAAGAAUCCCGUACUAACAAGUGAUUCAUUUACAAACUCCUUUGUCGGAACAAUCCUCCUGAUGACGGUGCCCAAUGUGACCUUCUCACAGCACGUCGGACUUUUGAUCAGCUACUAUAUCACCAUGUCAUUCUGGACCGCCCAGACACUGGGACUUUCCAUGAUGUCUCGGAACGUGGGCGGACAGACAAAAAAGACCAUCGUUGUCGCAGCCAACUUCAUCUUCUGGAGCGCUGGCAAUGCCAUCGGGCCCCAAGUCUUUCUUGCCAGGGAGUCACCCAAGUACUACACAGCGUUUGCGACGCACUUGGGCUGCUACAGCCUUCUUGUCAUUGUCCUUGUCUUCUUCCGCUGGCACCUUGUCCGUGAGAAUAAGAAACGAGAUGCCAUGGCCGCUGCGGGUGUCCAGGAAGCUAACGAUGGCAACAUGACGCAUGCUUUUGAGGACCUGACAGAUCGCGAGAAUCCAAACUUCCGCUAUGUAUAUUAG